AUGUCUCGUGCGUCGAAAGCGACCCUAGCCGCGACCACGCUCGCAACGGCCGGAAUGAUCUACUUUGUGCACUGGGCGCAAGAAACAGACAGAGCUGCUAUGCACGCAGGCGUCGAGCGAGACGAAGAGAAACAGCGCAUCAAGCGUGAACGCCAGGCCGAUUUCGAGAUGCAAAAGCGCCUAGAGGAAGAAUACCGCAAGAUCCAAAAUGUUCCCGAGGGGCAGAAUAAUAGUGGUAGAGGCUCGGAGCAGGAGAGUUGA